AGUAAUUCUUGCUCGACCUACCUCUCCUUGCGUGGUUAAGGGACUCAGUCCACUCGAGUGGGCUGAUGACAGAUAGGGCUAGCAGACAGACAGACAGACAGACAGGCCCACCCAGCACCCUCCCAGCACCCUCACAGACAGUGCAAUCGACACGACUCUUCUGCUGUUGGUCUGCUGACAGCUAUGACGCUUUCUGAGGGAGGGACUGGGGAGCGGACGAUGGACGGCCGAACGAACGGGUGGAUGGAUGGAUGGAUGCCACCAUGCACUCACUCGUUCGUUGACUCGUUCGUGGGCGGAUGGAUGGACAGACGUCAGUCAAAUACAACACAUACAUGCAUGAUGAGAAGACGGACAAAUGGGCGGACGGAUGGCCACAUACGGACUAUCCUCUUUAUGUACACCUGAGGCAGUCAGUGACGGAGGAAGGAAGCAAGCAAGGAAGGAACACACAAUGCAAACAAUACAAUACAAUACACCCACCAGCCGCCGCGGCCACCCCAAUCUAUCAAUCAGUUCUUCAGUAAGCUUCAGACACACAUCAUGAUGCGGUUGCCCACAGCAAAGCCACUUUCUCUCCCUCUCUCUCUCUCUGUCGCUCUCUCUCUCCAUUUGGCAGCAGCACGGAGGGUGGAUGAACCAUGUGUAGGCGUCUAAGGAUACAUACAAGGUGCGUGCCUUUGAAGCAAGCUAAGGUAAGGUACACAACAGCAAAAAAGCCAGCACCACCACCGAUGAGAUGAGACAGACAGACAGCCUACAAUAAAUCACCUCAGUCGUCAGUCGCUCCCUCAUCCGCCCUCCCCCAUCCACCCCAGCAAUGACCCCCCCCCCCAUCAGUCAGUCACUCGCCGACAGGCUUUGCGAGGCUCUCUCUUGUGGCCUGGAGUGCCGCCUUGACGGAGUCGGUGGAGAGCUGUUUAGAGAGUCUUUUCCGUAGCUGGUUCAUGGCCCGGGCGCUGGUCUCGGUGUCGAGGUCGCUCAGAACGUCCGCACCCAAGGACUCGUUGGUGCCCUCGGUGGUCGUCAUGGAGGGCGUGCUGGCGUCGUUGGCUGGUGGCUUGGGGGGUCUCGGUGGGCGGCUGAUGACCUCGUUGAUGGUCUUCUCGGCGUUGGUGGGCGGUGCGUCCGGGUUCAGCUCGAUGGUAAACCCCUGACGCAUCAGCUCCUCGUAGAUGGUCUUCGAGUACUUCUCGGCAAACACCUCAAAGUAGUACGUCGAACCUAAAAGACACACAGAUGGAUGCGUCAAGGCGCAUGCAUCCAUGGCUUGGCUUGGCUAUGGCUUGGCUUGGCUGGCUUCACUCACCGUUCCAGACGGCGAGUGCGACCAUCGAGGCCAGGAAGAUGGUGUGUGCCCAAUAGGACCUCCACCAGAUGAAGCUCAACAACUGCACGGACAACAAAGGCACAAUACAGCAACACACACACACAACAAGACUCUCUUCCUCUUGUCGGCCGCCUGCCCCUCCCUCCGUCCCUCCCUCCGUCACCAUGCAAAGGCUGCAGCCGAGUGCGUGGAUGAACAUGUAGACGAGCGGCCCCCACGAGCCGGCCGCCUUGACGAUGGCCGCGAGUGGCUUGAUGGUCCGCAGCAUGUACAGGUAGACGGUGUCGUAGUUGCGCUUCUCGAUCCGCUUGGCCGCCACCUUGAACAUCACCAGGUAGUAAGGGACCUGCCAUAUCAAGAUGUACACCAGCAGCGGCAGCACCAGCAGCUCGUAGGCAGUGGCAUCGCAGUAGAUGGGGCUGGGGCUGGACGGCUCGCAGACCCUUGGGAGGAACUGCCACUUGUCGAGGACCCUGUCGGCGUGCCACCGGAUGGCCCAGACGGCGAGGCAGGGGGUGGCGUGGAUGAAGAGGUUGGUCGUCAUGUCCAGAGAAUGAAACACCAGACUGUUCCGAUUCAACGCUAGCCCCCAACUCAGCGGACCAGUCACCUUCAGGGACACACACACCCACAGACAGACAGACAGACAGAUCAAUCACCAGACACACCCACCCAUGCCACCCAUGCAUGCCAUGGCCGAGCAUCCCUUAUUUGCCUCCCUAGCUGUCGUCUCCGUCGCUCACCCAGGCAAAGACCACUUUGAAUAUCCUGGGGUUGUCGGUGUCAAAGCCCGGCAGCUUGGGCAGCCCCACCACACCGCAGCCCAGCCCGUAUAUGCAGUAGCAUGCGAACAGCGCAUUCGCCUCGUAGCAGAAGUCCAGCAGGUAGUAGUGUGUGGCGGCGCGCCGGUAGUCGAAGUACCGAAUGAAGAACAGCACGGGCGUCUUGACCGCGUGCACCAGCCAGAAAUCCUCCGGGCAUCUGGCCAGCACCCACGUGUCGCAGAUGAGGUUGCACACCCCGAUGAAGAAGGCCAGCUCGUCUCGGAGCUUCAGGGGCUUCAGCAGCUUCUUGACUGCCUUGGGGUCCAUCGUCGCCUUCAAAAAAUCGAUAUAAAAAAUCAGGUCAGGCUGGAAAUCAGGAUGAACAGGAAUCUUGAUUGACAGUUGCUUCGCAGCUGCCCGCCGCGGCCUUCUUC